UCGAAUUUCCAUGACUUGGCACAAAACACACACAAAACACAUCGUCCGUGCAUCGCGAAUAAAUCUCGCUACUCUUUGUGAAGCAUUUGCGAAAAAACCCCCUGCGGCACAUAUCGGAGUGCAGCGUAAAGGAUAAGCGUAGCCCGUCGUGUGUGUGAUAAAAGAAUUGUUUGUCGUCCGUUUUAGCGAUGGUUUCGCAGACUGCAGCAGCGGCCGCCCCAGCCGACCCCAUCGUGGAUGUGGAGAUGGAAAGUGCCGAAGAUGCGGAGGCCGCAAAGAAAGACGCGGAGCUGCUGGCGGUCCAGGAAAUCCGUGACCAUGCCCGACAGAUCGACAAGGCGGUCGUGAGCAAGGAGCCGCGCUUCAUACUGCGCGUGCUGCGUUCGCUUCCGACGACGCGCCGCAAGCUGGCGCUGGUGGUGGUGCGCUCGCUGGCCGUGCAGCUGUACCCGGCCGGACCGGAGCGUGACGGAAUAAUGGCGUACAUCGAGGACUAUCCGGCCGGAGCGCAGGAGCCGGAGCUGCCCCGUCCCCGCGCCGCCAUCAAGAGCCCGGUGCCGGAGGUGGACGCUUACUUCCAUCUGCUGCUGCUGGUGCGCCUGCUGGACAAGAACGAUCUGCCGAAGGCGACCAAAUGCUCGCAGGAUCUGAUGGCGAAGGUGGUCGGGCAGAACCGCCGAUCGCUGGAUCUGAUUGCGGCCAAGAGCUACUUCUACCACUCGCGGGUGGCCGAACUGAACAACGAUUUGGAAAGUAUUCGCUCGUUCCUACACUCCCGGCUGCGUACGGCCACACUGCGGAACGAUUUCGAGGGCCAGGCGGUGCUGAUCAACUGUCUGCUGCGCAACUAUCUGCACUACUCGCUGUACGAUCAGGCGGACAAGCUGGUGAACAAGUCGGUGUUUCCGGAAACGGCCAGCAACAACGAGUGUGCCCGCUUCCUCUACUACCUGGGGCGCAUCAAGGCGGCCAAGCUGGAGUACAGUGUGGCGCACAAGCAGCUGGUACAAGCGCUGCGGAAAGCACCCCAGCAGGCCGCGGUCGGAUUCCGCCAGACGGUGCAAAAGCUGGUGAUCGUGGUGGAGCUGCUGCUUGGCGAUAUACCAGAGCGGAAGGUGUUCCGACAGGCUGCACUGCGCCGCUCGCUCGGCCCCUACUUCCAGCUUACUCAAGCGGUGCGGAUGGGCAAUCUGCAGCGUUUCGGCGAGGUGCUGGUUAACUUUGGCGAACAGUUCCGUCAGGAUCACACGUUCACGCUGAUCAUUCGCUUGCGGCACAACGUCAUCAAGACGGCGAUCCGUUCGAUCGGCCUGGCGUACUCGCGCAUCAGCCCGCAGGAUAUUGCGCGCAAGCUUGGCCUGGAUUCGCCCGAAGACGCCGAGUUCAUCGUGGCGAAGGCGAUCCGCGACGGCGUGAUCGAGGCCACGCUCGAUCCCGAGAAGGGGUACAUGCGCAGCAAGGAGAGCACCGACAUCUACUCGACCCGUGAACCGCAGCUCGCUUUCCAUCAGCGCAUUUCGUUCUGUCUGGAUCUGCACAAUCAGAGCGUGAAGGCGAUGCGCUACCCGCCCAAGUCGUACGGAAAGGAGCUGGAAAGCGCCGAGGAGAGACGGGAACGGGAGCAGCAGGAUCUGGAGCUGGCGAAGGAGAUGGCCGAGGAGGAUGACGAUGGAUUCUAAGCACUCGGCAGCAAAAAAAAAAGGAACAUCAACAUCAGAGAAAAGCUAUGCGCCCUGGUGUAUCCAAGCGUUUGGAGUGUUGGAGAUCGUAUCUUACAAAACACAAACUCCAGAAAUAGGUUCAUUUAAUGGUUUGUUCGUCGUGCAAAAUGCGUAUUUCCCUUUUUUGAAUAAUAAAGAUAGGAACUGCUACAAUUUCUACACCUAAAA